AUUGUUCUUUAGUCGACGCACAGUAACUGGAGUAGUUAUACUUCCGAGGGUGAAGGCAAUUGAGCACUUGGGUCUUUUAAAAAGCGUAAAAUAUGGAUUUUUUGGUUUCCAUUAUACAUGGUGGAUACCACAAAUUGGCUGACAUAUAUGGAGUUCCCGAAGACCCUCGUACUUCCAAUUGGCCACUCAUGGCUAACUCGCGCACUGUAUUGGCGAUGUCAGUACUGUAUGUCUUAAUAGUUAAAUUUAUUGGUCCAGCCAUAAUGAAAAACAGGAAACCGUUUGAACUUAAACAAAUUAUACUGAUUUAUAAUGUUAUCCAGAUAAUGAGUUGCGUCUUUCUUGUGUACAAGUACUUACAUGGAACGAAUUUAAUAACUAUAGCAAAAUGCACACCAGUACGAAUCAGACCAAAUGAUAAUAUACUGGAAUGUUACUGGUGGACUAUGAAUUUAAAAAUCUUCGAGCUAGUUGAAACAGUAUUUUUCGUCAUGAGAAAGAAACAAUCACAAGUAUCUGUAUUGCAUGUCUACCAUCAUACAUCAACAUUCCUCCUGUUGUGGAUGGCGACUAAAUAUGGAGCAGAUCAAUUUGUCUCGUUUUAUAUAAUACUGAAUUGCUUGGUGCACAUUUUUAUGUACACUUAUUAUACUGGUACAGCCAUCGGAAGCCUAAAAUUGAUCAAACUUUUAACAAUCAUUAAAAAAUACAUCACAAUUAUACAAAUGGUGCAGUUCACAAUCAUACUAUUGCAUGCUGUCCAAAAUGUGAUGACCGACUGUUCAGUGCCCAAACUAUUUUAUAUUCUAUUGAUACCAAAUGUAACAAUAGUAUUCUAUAUGUUCAUUCAAUUUUAUAAACAGAGUUACAAGAAAAAUAAAUGAUUCAUAUGAAA